UGUUUCUCUCUCCCCCACAGAAAUGAGCGUUACAACCGCAACAUGAACUCAGCAACGACGAAGCGAGCCCUAGGGUGGCUCUAUAGCUCACGAGGCGGCCGAACCGCACAGAUCAGACCGAGAUGGAGGACGUUUUUCAGCAGCGGGCCGGUGCGGCGUGCGACGCAGCAGGAGCCGCCUAGUUUUGAGCAGGUCAGGGCGGCGUACAAAUACAAGAACCGGACUACGAUGAACUACACGUUUAGCAUCAUCCUCGGGACGGUGGCUUUCUCGUAUGGGAGUGUGCCAAUGUACAAGAUGAUCUGCGCAACAACAGGCUGGGGCGGCCAGCCGGUGCGGGCGCCGGGCCACGGCCCCUCGGGCGACGACGAGAUGGAGCUGUCGGAGCGGCUCAAGCCCGUGACGAGCGCAAAGCGGAUCAAGGUGACGUUCAAUGCGUGCGUGUCGGACGUUCUGCCGUGGAAGUUUGUGCCGCAGCAGCGCGAGGUCCGCGUCCUCCCCGGCGAGACGGCCCUGGCCUUUUACAAGGCCACCAACAACUCGGACCAGGACAUCAUCGGCGUGGCGACGUACAGCGUCACGCCCGCGCAGGUCGCGCCUUACUUUAGCAAGAUUCAGUGCUUCUGCUUCGAGGAACAGCGGCUCAAUGCCGGCGAGACGGUCGACAUGCCUGUUUUCUUCUACCUGGAUCCGGAUUUGUUGCAGGAUUUGAAUAUGAGGGGGAUUGAGACUGUUACGUUGAAUUAUACGUUUUUUAAGGCGAGAUAUGAUAACAACGGCGAGAUCAAGGAUCUCAGGGGCUGGGUGGAGCAGAAGAGCUCAUAGUCUGGGGAGAAGGACUGAUAAGAAUGCAUUGCAGAUGCUGUGGUGCUUCCUGGGGCUCGACCGCAGCUGGGGGUUUAGGAGAUGCAAGGAGACUUUGUUUGCUGGCGAGUCAACAUCUGGCCAGUGACUUGUAUUACUGUAUACUCUGUACCAUUAUACCAUACAUUUCAUACGGUUUCAGAUACCUAUUUAGAUCGAAAAAAUACAGAGAAAUUCCCAC